CAGCACUCAUAUUCGUCGGAAAUACAAACAUUGCAUGUAGCCAAUAAACCAACGCCCUUGACUUUAAUACUACAGCCACCGGUUCUCCCUUCUCUGUAAAGCGCUAAACUCACUCACUCCUUCUUUGGUCUCUGCUGCAAAAGAGAAUGGACUCCCAAGGACGAUCAAUCCUAAGCUCUUACGAAUCAACCGAGCAUGCGCUUCUUGAUUCCUUCAAAACUGCAGCCAACAAGGUCACUGCUUUGUACAGGGAUUCGCUUACACAAAAUCGAAGGGCUUUUGGUGCAGGUUAUCAACAAGCAUUUCAAGAUCUAUACGGAUUUCUCAGCACACACGCCAAUGACGAACGAGACACGAUGCCCGUAGAAGACAUUCUUUCCUUUCUUCGUCAAAAAAGUGCACAGCUUGCAGAAGAACUAGGUGAAUCUCCAGUAACAGUACCUAGAGCACAAACUACAGCAACAACGACAACGACGCAAACGACGACAACGACGAGCAAUCAACAAGACCAUGGCGAAUUAUUGAAACAGCAACAGAUCCACACAGAGGCACAACAACAGCAACACCCAAUCUUUUCCACACAGAUCAUACCAUCCACACCGGCCGGGUUCCAGAUUGACCCCAACACACAAUUCACUUUUACGCCGCCAGCAGCAACGGGAACAGUACCGUUACCUCGAUACGGCGGGUUAAGCACGUGGGGUAGCGACACAUAUCAGCAUGAGAACCAUGGCGAUGCAAUGAAGCGUCGAUAUGGAGGAUCAGAUCUUACGUUUAUGGGACGACCUUUGAGCAACAUGAAUGUGGACUCAAUGGAACCAUCACUGAAACGGGGAAGGACCAAGCGAGAGGAUUUGUAGAUAUAGACGUGUUGUGUGUGUAUGUGGUUGAUCUAUUUCUUUGUAUUAUAACUUUGUAAACAUUUGACAUUUUCAUACUUCCUUUUUUUAUCCAAAUAAUUAAUCAUUUUCUUACAUACAUAAAAACAUCAUUUAUAC